AUGGAGAACGAGUUGCCUAGACGUCUGUUUGCUGCAGGAAAUGAGCCAGAAGUGGAUAAGAUAAACAACAGUUGCAGAAUGUCGGUUCUGACCAAAAUAAAGGCUGCCAUGCCAGAAGAGUACAAUGAACUGAAGAAUGAUUCAGUCUUUGCCAAUAUAGUAGCACUGCAUGAAAACAAUUUGGGAUAUUCAGCUCGACUGAUACAUAGCAUGAUGUGUAGGCAAUUGAUUACAGAGAAAAAAUAUGAGAUAUGGUGUGUGUUUGGAGGGAGGCCAUUGCGAUUUUCACUUCAAGAGUUUUAUGCAGUAACAGGACUCAAAUAUAAAGAUGAGGAUGGGAUCAGGGAUUCAGAGGAAUGGAAAGAUGAUAAUGGAUUUUGGAGCAAAUUGCUGAAACGCAAGGACAAAAUUUCCAUCAAGAUGUUGCUUGACAAUCAUCUUCCACGUGUUAAGGUGUGGAAUAAUAUAGACAAAAUCAGAUUUGUUUCAGUCUUAUCCAUGGGUCUUGACGCUUUUGAGUUGCUGGCUGACUCCAUCAUAGAGGUACAAGGUAGCUUGAAGAAAAAAGGUAGCUAUGUUCUGAAUGGUUUUUCUUAUGCAUUUCAAAUAUGGGUUAUGGAAGCAAUCCCCAAAAUUGGAUCCAUCUUGGGGAAAAAACUAAAUGAUGAAUACGCGGAAGGUCCUCGCUGUUCGAAUUGGACCGGAGCUGCAAUAGCAUUUUACGAUGAUAUUAUUUGCCUGGAGGACAAUUUCCAAAUGACUGAUGUUAUAUAUCCGUACAUCUCUUUUUCUGGAAGUUUGGAUUUGUGUGAGUCUUCUGAUUUUGCAUGGCCUAAAGAAACUAGAGAUGCUACGGUUGAUUAUCUGAAAGCAGUAAUCAAAUCGGGGAACGGCAUGUUUGGGGCAGUGUGGAAACAGUAG